CCUGCCAGAAGAUGACGACAUAUUUCAACUAGUAGGCAGGUGAAUAGGUUGCUUUCCCGUCCUCUCUGGAGCCCAUUUCGUCGGCGUCCGGUUCAUUUCCGUGGCCAUUGUUGCGUUGCCGCAAACUCAGUUUGACUAGCUUCACGUCGGGACCUCCCUCGGAACAUGCAUGACCGAGCGGUGGCAGCAGCCAACGAGAGACCGUGUGGAUAUUGCAACACUCCUACUUGGAGACAACUUCUUGGAGUGAAGAGCCGAUCGAUCUGUAUCCUGGCCCGCACUAGAUCCUGCUUUGGGGGGAUCAGCAACCAUGAUGGGAAUGGGAAUUGCUAUCGUACAGUGCGUGUGGCCUGCGGGACGACUUCCAAGUUCCAACGUACCUGGUAUCGGUACUAGCUAGCUAGUACUGGUAGUAGUAGUCUACCAGGUGCGUACCGUACCAUACUGUAUUGUCUUCGAGAAGAACGUGAAUAAAGAUCUUGCGGGUCUGGUCUACCAGCAUUUCAGCGACCACAAUGCAAACCACCCGGGCGGUGUUUUCUUCGGUCAUCCGACAUCGAUCUCCGACAUCCGACCAUGGCACAUGAGAAGAAACGGCGACGAUUUGACCCACCCGUGCAUUCAAUUCUUUCGUGUGGACCCUAGCUUUUGCUGAAGGAACCUAAUAGUCAACAACUCCAAUCCAUCCAGGUGGUGCAUCAACGAUAAUAAGGAAAGGAAAAUGGUGGAAGGAAAUCGAAUAGAAGAGUCCCAGAAGUUUAGCGUGGAGGUUGGUUGCAGAAGACCAUCACGAUACUCACGCGACCUCUCCAAGAGCCGUGUUCUUCUGCUUGCCUUUGUCUUGCUGGCAUCAUGGUCCACAGAGGAUACAAGAGGUAGCAGUGUCAUUCUUCAGGGUGUGGAAGCAGACGACCCGAAUCUUCGCACAACCAAAAAGAAGAAACCCGAGAUACCCCAAGCUAGUAUGACCAUUCCCAUGCACUACGAAUCUGGCUCCCAUCAUGUUUAUGCCUGGAUUGGAUCUCCCAUGCCACAACGGCAAAUUUUGAUCUUAGAUACGGGAUCUCGGUACAUGGCAUUCCCCUGCGAUCCCUGUCCUGAAUGUGGUCGUCAUGCAUCCACAAAGUACUUUAACGACACUCCCUCCACUACCCAUCGUGACAAUUAUCACCCCAACUGUAUCUUUGCCAAGGCCAAGAAGAAAAAUGCUCCUGAUGACUCUUGUACCUUUGAACAAACCUAUUUGGAAGGAUCCAGCUGGAAAGCGAAGGAGGUGGAAGAUAUGGUGUGGUUGGCAACUGCCGAUCAGGAGGAGAGCAUUGAAGAAUAUAUGCCUCAUUUGGCCAUUCCCUUUACAUUUGGGUGUCAGAACCAUGUCACAGGAUACUUUGUUCAUCAGUACAGUGAUGGCAUUUUGGGCAUGGGCAAACAAAUGGACAAGAACUCUCUUCUGCAAUCCAUGAUACAAGCCGGUGCCAUCAACCGUGCGGCCUUUGCCAUGUGCUUGUCACAAACGGGUGGUACAUUGUCCUUUGGUGGAAGCGGUCUGGCGCGACCAGAUGUCAAAGCACUUGAGAACCCCGAACAAUAUCACUUGGGACAAAUGUAUUUUUCCAAACUCACACAAGACCAUGGUCUCUACGCCUUGGAUGUGUACCAAGUCUUUAUUGGUGAUUAUUGCAUGACCUGCGACGAUACUCCGGAUCGCCUUACCAACGAACAGCAUGAACGAAUCUUGACAGUCUUUGGUUCUGGCAAGGGAACCUUGUUGGAUAGUGGCACGACCGAUACGUACUUUCCUCGAGCCGCCGAAAAGAUCUUUGAAAAGGUUUGGGAAGAAAAGGUUGGAUCCAGGCUCGAACCCAAACGAGACUAUACGUAUGAAGAGUUCUUGCGCAUGCCGAUUAUCACGGUCAUCUUUAACCCCAACGCGACAUUACACGCCCAUCCGUGUUCGUACAUGGAAGGUGUUCCCAUGGACUUGAAUGCGACCAAACCCGACAUAGUUAUACCUUGGACGGGCAAACGAAAACUGACAAUCCGCCUGUAUAUGGAAGAAAACGAAGGAGCCGUGUUGGGUGCCAAUUUCAUGUAUAAUUACGAUGUAUUGUACGAUUUGGAACGUCGGCGGGUGGGCUUUGCCCGUGCCAACUGUGGCUUUGAUCGUGAGGCCCAAGCACGGCUCAACAAGGAUCGGGGUGGUGAUGGCAAUGGUAAUGGUGACAGACGAUUGUUGCCACGGAAAGUAUAUGAACUGGAUUAAUGCACGCAUAAUCAAUAGCUUUCAGUUGCUAGC